CCUCCUUCCAGGCUUCGUCCCAAGCCAACAAUCGUCAAUCGGCAACCAAAGGUCCUAAAAACCCUUGCGAAAAACACCCUCCGUCGACACCGACGAGUCCUCGACCUUUCCCGCCAUCGCCCGAACAUGGUUUCUUGCCCUCGCUGCCGGGAGCGCGGCCUAUCGUGCCAAGCUCCCCCCGGCGCUAAGAGCUGUUCCGAAUGCCUCAAAGUCAGCAACCCCCGUUGUGGCCUUGAGGGUCCCGACUACCGCGCUUUCCAGACGGAGCGCGAUAGGCUUGAAGCCGAGGAGGAGUCCAUCCUCUUGCUCGAGGAACAGGCUUCUGCUCUCAUGGCGAAAGUUGUCUCAAAAAAACGGCGCGUGCGCCGCGAGAGGAAGACGUUCGAAGAGCGGGUGACCAAGGCCUAUGCUCACGAAGACUCCGCUAUUGCUGAGCUGGAGGAGGAGGAACGGCCAGGCGAGCGCACCGAGCAGGGCGCUCGGUAAUCUCUGAGACGCUCGGUGUACCAAGCGUCAGGGGGAGCACUGAGCACGCAAAGGAAGAGUCCUGAUUGGUUACCCGAAUUAGAUAUAUACGAUGACCGUGUCCACGGUCUUAAAUAGUUCUUGCUUGGUUCUUCAAGCAAGCAAUACACAUUCACUGCACUCAUAUACUUUGAGUGGCAUUCCGA